CUCCCCUCUUUCUGUCUCACACAGUUUUCCAGGAGGACCAGACUCUCUCAACUUAUACUCACACGCAUUAAAACACACCUCAGCACAGACAACCGCUGUACAGACCUUCAACCAUGGCUGUACGGACCGCUUCCUUCCUGCUCUUCGGACUUUUUGUCACCUUUCACACCUGGGGAGCAUGGGCGGACAUGGAGGUGAACAUGGAGGACAGAGUAGAGGUUUACAAGGGAGACACAGCUCAGAUCACCUGCAUGUUUACAUCGUCUGAAGGCAUCGGCAACACAAUAAUUCAGUGGUUUUAUGUGACAGAAACAGGUGAGAGGCAGAAAAUCUACUAUCAGGACUCCAUGUCGCAGAUAGUAGACCGGGCCACACGGUUUACAGAUCGGAUCAGUGUGAACGGAACUGGAGCCACAGGAGAGGUGGUGCUGACUAUACGUGAUGUGCAGCUUGCAGAUGGAAGAGAAUUUAUCUGUCUGAUCAAAAACUUAACAGACGAUUCAAAAGGGAGCACACAGCUGAAAGUGUUUGGAACACCAGACCUUCCCACCAUCGAGGGUGUGCAGACGGGGAUCUCAGUCAACGAAGUUAGCCCAUCAAAGAUUGGGACCUGUGAGGUUAAAAAUGGAUUCCCCAGGCCCAACAUCACUUGGUACAGAAACAACACACCACUACAGAGUGUCCCAGAUGAGGUGGAAAUAGUGCCCAGUGUCACCUCUGAAUCCAGUGGUCUGUUCUCAGUGAAAAGUGAGCUGAACUUGAAGGUGGUGAAGGAGGACAAAAAUGAUGAGUUCUACUGCGAGGUAUCCUACUUUGUUCCUGGAGGAACCAGGAUGACUGAGACUCACAGGAUAAACAUCUCUGUAUUCUACCCCCCCACAGCUGUCAAUGUUUGGGUGGAGUCACCAAAAGGAAAUAUCAAAGAAGGAGACUCGAUUGAGCUUCAUUGUGAAGACAAUGGGAAUCCUCCAUCCUCCAUUAUUUCAAUCAAGCGUUUUGAAGAAAACAAUAGUGAUGGCCAGUCCCUUGACGGUGAGGUGUUGGUGCUGAAUAAUGUCACCCGUCGCGAUAGCGGAGUUUAUCAAUGUACUUCCAUUGACUCAGACACCUUCCAGUCCAUUUCUGGAAACGUCUCAGUCUUUGUCCACUUUCUCGAUGCUGCUGUGGUGAUCCCUCAAGACACUAUUGUUGUCGCUAUGGGUGAGGAGUUUAAAGCUACCUGCAACGCCCUCUCCUCUCUGAAGACUCAAGCAGAGUGGUUAAAGGAUGGAGAGGUCGUUUUUAAGGGUCACACUUUGACUGUGAAAGAUGCUACGUUUGACAAAGCAGGGAUGUACGAGUGUGUGGUGACUGUUCCUGAAAUUGAAGAGAUGAAAACCAGUGGGUCGAUUUUCGUAAACGUCAAAGGACCACCAGAGAUCUUGAAGCCUGACAACACAGAGAUUGAGAGUUAUGACACAACAGUAGACCUGAGCUGCAUGGUCCGAGGUUUCCCGGCUCCCAAAAUUAUCUGGAGCACCUCGGAUGGACAGGACCUUGAGAUGGCUUCAGAGAUGAUGACUGAGGAUGGACUUCAGAGCAGGGUCAGUAUCCAGGUCACCUCUGACAUCACUGCUUCUUGCAACGCCUCCAACGACCACGGCACAGACGCCUUGACCUUCAACAUUAAAACCCCUGUUAACACAACCCCACCACCAGUCACUACAACUACAACCAUUCCUACUACUACUACUACCACUACCACUACCACUGCCACUACCACUGGCACUGCCACUGCCACUACUAUUUCCUCAGCCACAGUCAAAGCUGAAACAGCAAUCCCACCAAAGAAAAUAAGGAAAGAGGGCAGUGGUGUUAUCAUUGCAGUCAUCAUAAUCUGCAUCCUACUGCUGGCCAUCCUUGGCAGUGUGCUCUACUUCCUCUACAAAAAGGGCAAAAUCUGUGGAAGGUCUGGCAAGCAGGACCUCACCAAGGACAAGUCGAACAAAGAUAACAUUGUGGUGGAGAUGAAGAGUGAUAACACUGAGGAAGCUGUGUUGCUCGGGGUCAACGGAGAAAAGCAGUCUCCCAAUGAGCAGUAAAGGGUGGUGCAUACCUGGACGUGCAGAAAUGAUGAGUUGACACAGACCCGCUGCUGCCUUCACGCUUUUACCACAGUUCCUCAUCCCAGAGUUACAUCAUGGAAAUGCUCUGCCUGUCAUAAUGGACAACUAAGAAUCGAAUUAUUCCAAGCUGCAGUCAUAGCUUACAGCUCGUCACGUCACAUUUCUGUCUGAGUGCAACCUUAGCUUUCAUGGCAGAUGAUCUGAGCACUUCAUGACAGAACUCUGCCAUUCGACCUUCAAACCUUUCGACUGUCUUCUGGGAUUCUCCCUCACGUGAGCCUUGUAUACUGCUGAUUGUCUGUAGAACAAUAGAACACAACAUGACCAGGGACUGUUUUUUAUAUCCAACUACACUUCACCUCAGACACAGAGCUCACUGAAGAGCAGCCUGACAUAGCUCUUUAUCAAGUGUACAUAUUAUAAUCUAUGUAUAUAUUUCUUUAUUUAAAAUAACACCUGAAAAAAACAACCAAAAAGAAAUGACCAGACAGUGUUUUAUUUUGUUUUAGUGGUUUAUAUGAAAGAUGUCUUUUAUUUUUAGGGGACUUUUUUUUUUUUUUAACUUGUUUUUGUUCUUUUUGUUUCCAGUUUUGCCUAAGUCUGUACACUGAACUUGUGAAGGUGGAGUCAGUGGCAUUUUUCAUUGCAGUUGUUAACGCAACAUUCAAACUAGGCCCCUCCUCCUGUGAUCAUAUUUCCUGCUCCCCGCCCAGAAACAACCAAAACAUCAAAAUACUAGCAGAGGACAGGGUCUCUGCAGACACAGUCACCACCAUGGAGGCCCAUAAGGGAUCUCUGAUUAAAAUGACUUUUGUAUUAGUCAAUGUUUAAAUUUUUUUAGGAAAAAGCUACUGACUCUGUCUUUAAGGGAUGGUGUGACGCCUCCCCCUACAUCCAGUUACAACCUCACCAAAGUGUGAACUUUUAACUCUGAAAACAAACAUGCAGGUAAUUUAGUCACAUUAUUCAAAUUUUAAGCUAACACUAACUUCUGUAGUCUCCCCAGUUUGUGUAGUUUUUAAUUGAAAUGUGUAGCUUAACAAUUUCUUCAUUAUUUGACAUGGGUUUUGUUACCUUUAUUUUUUGUUUCAACUUUGUUGUGUCUCUUCUUCUCUGUUGUUCUGUAUGUGUUUGAGUGACAUUUCAAACAGCCAGGUGAAAAGGUUACAGAUGCCUUAAUAAUUCAAUGAAAGCCUUUGGAAAUAUCAGCAAACCCAACAAUUUUGUAUUGCUGGUUAUGUUUUUAUUUAAUCUUAUGUGCACUGAUUUCUUUGUGUUCUUCUUUGUGAGUUUGUGCUUCUUUAAUGUGAAGCUGUUGAAUUUUUGUGACAUUAUUCAGAUAAAAUUGUGUAGCCUAGGUUUGUUUAUUUUAUUAUUUUUAAAAGAGGAAUGACAAGGGUAGAACAAAGUAUUGGUCCCUGAUAGAAAUUGUUUGCAGCAUGAAAUUUACCUCCUCAGUAGACCAACUGCAUUUCUGUUUAGUUACUUCUGGUUUUAACUUGAAAUAAACAUUUGGAUCCCAGAGAAACUCAGACUCACCCUCACAUGGGAAACAAAUGUGAAUAAAGUAUGCGACUACUAAGGAGGGGAGGACGCCAUGAGACUCCAUGCAUGCAAAUUAAGUUAAUAGACAAUCAACAUGUGCAGGUAUCAUCCAAACAUACCCUGUGAUAGUCUUUGUUUGUCUGCUGUUUUAAGAUCAACCACUGUUUAUUGGUUUCAGUUUUUUUUAAAGUCUUUUAAAUGCCUUUCAUGCCUUGUAAAUGUAAAAGAAAUGCCACUGAUGAAAUUCAAGCCAAUUUCCUGAAAAAUUCACUGCAGUUUUUUGAAAGUAUACCAAAUAAAGAUUGACUGUUGAAUGACAAA